CUGUCUCUCUCUCUCUGUCAAGAUUCGUAUUCAUCCAAGAGCUCGAGAUCGAGAAAUCCCUAGAUUUCUCGGAACGAAUUCCCGCUAGAUCUCAUCGGAAAUUUCUUCUUUUGAGCGCGGAUCGAGCUGAGAAUCCUUUCCGGCAUCGUCUUCCAAAUCGAUUGAUCGGUGAAAUUUCUCCUUUUUUUUUUGGGUUUGUGAUUUGGGGGUGGAGGGGUGAGCGGGAGGGAUGAGUGAAAACCCUGGUGAAGCCGGCGAGCUUAGGCCGGGCUCGUUCGACGGCGGCGGAGGCGGCGGUGGUGGAAGCGCGGAGGAGGGGGAGGGGAUGGAGGGAGUGAUGUUGCCCCAAGUUGGGAGCAACCAACUCACGCUCUCGUUCCAGGGCGAGGUCUAUGUCUUCGAUUCUGUCUCUCCCGAUAAGGUUCAGGCUGUGCUCUUGUUGCUUGGGGGCAAGGAGAUAACCGGUGGAUUGUCUCCCCCUGGAUCAUCUUCCCAUCAGAAUAACAAGAGAUCGAAUUUCCCUCAUAGAGUGGCAUCAUUGAUGAGAUUCCGUGAGAAGAGAAAAGAACGAAAUUUUGAUAAAAAGAUACGCUAUACUGUUCGGAAAGAGGUUGCCCUUAGGAUGCAUCGGAAUAAGGGACAGUUCACCUCUUCCAAAACAAAACAUGAAGAUGCUGCAGUGAGCAUCACAAAUAUGGAUACUCCCCAACACUGGGCUGAUGUUGAAGGUCGACCACAAUCGGCACCAAUAUGUCAUCAUUGUGGCAUUAGCUCAAAAUCGACACCAAUGAUGCGCCGCGGACCUGAUGGACCUAGGACUUUAUGCAAUGCAUGCGGACUUAUAUGGGCAAAUAAGGGAACAAUGAGAGAUCUUUCAAAGAAUCCAAUGACACCAAUUCAUAAUGCUCCAUCUGAACAAAAGGAAUUGAACAAUACAACCAUAGAAUCAGGAACUGAGCAUGCAACAAAUGGACAUGUCUCAAUAAUAUCAUGAACAAAGAGAUCAAGAGAAUCAACCGGUUGUGUUGUGAUAUAAAUACCAACAAAGUCAAGAGAAAUAAUCUUAUGUUUGGGAUCUUUCAAGGAAGCUUUUUUCUUCUUAAUAAUUAAUGUUUGUGUCUUCCUUUUCUUUCCUUUGUUCAUGGAUUCCAUGUUCAAUCCCAUGCUUGUACUUAUAUGUUCAAUCCCAAUCCUCAUCUUUUAAUGUUCAUCAUGAUCUUUGCCCA